AUGGAAGAUGUCGCCUCGGUUGUGUUUGAUUUCUUCAUGGAACGACACAUUGUUCUCAAGGAGGAAUGGCUCUCGGACGCGCUUUCAUUCUUGACGUCGUCCCUCGAUGAGAAAGCUGAGCUAGUUGAACUUAAUGAUCCGUUGCGGAUAGCCACGCUGGUAUUUGAGCAGUGGAAGUACACAGAUCUCGGAGAUUCUACUUAUCCUCUAUUGAAACAGCUCUCAAUAAGUCGGGAUGCUAAGAAAGUAUUGAUCACUCAGCCUGUAGUCCUUCAGAUCAACUCUGUUGUCGACAUUGGAGCUCCGUAUCAUUCUCAAUUUAGUGCAUUAGUUUAUGAAUUUGUCGACAAUACCGGAUUCGAACCCCUGCCUGAUAUGGAGCAAAGGCAAGGGUUAGAGAAUAUCGAUGCAAAACCUCGACGUAUGCUUACAUUCACAGUAAGUGACGGAGAAAUUGAUUUGAGAGCGAUCGAAUACUACUCUAUAAAGAGCCUGUCUCUCCUCACAAAGCCUGGAUCGAAGAACGAUUUUGUUUCAGGAGGUGAUGUUGAGUCACAUUUUAUGAUUGGGCGACCUCUUCAAGUGAUGGCGGAGAAGUUGAACAUUCCUGUACCGAAGUCGAUAAAUCGAGGCAACCUUCAUGAAGAAACUGUUCAGUGUAAGGAGCCUAACGAGAUGAGAACUACGGUAGAACCAAAAGACAAGAGAGUAAACGUAGCGGUUAAGCCAGUGAUUAUACCCACUGGUCCAGACGCUCCUGAAAUUUGUGACGAGGAUUAUGAUUUUGAUCCCACUGAAUAUGACAAAGAGGAGGCACUAGAUGGUAUUGAAGAUUUUGACAUGGAAGAUAAUAAUCAAAAUGACGAAGCCAUACCUGAGAGCAAUUCAUUUGAGAAGACAUAUGGGAACUGCAGGCCUUCUGCAGUGGUACCUGAGUCUACUUCCACUGGCGAAAAUUCCAGACGGAUCUGUUCAAAGCCCGUGGCGCAGGGGCGCGAUAUUGAUGCAAGUGAUAAUUUUUCUCCUGCUGCAUCUGAAGAUUUCGGCAAUACUCGGAAGCGCUCGUCAUCUGCCAGAGCUCCAACCUCAUUGAUAUCGCUCUGUGACUCCCAAGCUGAGACUUCUGGAUUGAAACAAAUUCCUUGCGCUUCCUUCGAUCCUGGCCGACGCCCUAUCAAACUAGGUAUUCAAGGUUUCCUUCAGUCCGCUUCACCGCCAGUAAGAAGACAAAUUAGUGAGAGAAAAACGAGUACGGAGACCACACGUAAAAAGGUUAAAAUCGAAGUUAUCGACCUUGAAGACGAUUUUGAUUCGACAAUGCCGUCGUCCAGUCUGACCCAGUAUUGUGUAAGCACACAAAAUGAGUCAAAAGCAGUGGAGUCCCGCUCACAGAGUAAUUCUGAUAACGAACUGGUGGUGAAAUUCCAAAAGCUGAAUGUCGUGCGGAUAGCUGACGCUCUGAGACAAAUGCGUUUUGCUGUAGGAUCGUGUCGGAAAACAGUUCAGGCAAUCAUUCUGGAUGUCGUCGACUCGCUCAGAAUAGUGGAUGGAAUGUGGACUAUGAAGGUCAGCAUACAAGACGAGUCAAGUGACAGCUUCAUGUGUUUGAUAGAUAAUCCCACAUUAUCAUCGCUCAUCGGCCUUACACCAGCUGAAGCAUUGGAGGUCCGUGCUUCUAGUGACAUAGAACGGCGAAAGGAUGGUCAGCGUCGUUUGGGAGCUGUAGAAGAGCAACUAAAACGGCUUGAUCUGCUGCUUGACGUGGAACUUUUCAGUGGAAGUCGCGCAGAUCCUGUGAUUCGAGGCAUUCGAACCUUGAUGCAAGUACUUGAUGUUUCGUAG